AUGAGCAAAUCUCCAUCACCGACCAACAGCACUCUGGCGGAUACCGGGGAUGUGGACUUGUCGGCGCUCACGCCCCAGGAGCUCAAACUAUACAAGCUAUAUGGCAAGCUGCCCGGCAAAAAGGAUCUCUUCAAGCAUAAGCUCCACGAGCGCAAGUACUUUGACAGUGGGGACUACGCUUUGAGCAAGGCUGGCGUGAAAUCGGAGGACUUGGGGUCGGCCGCGGUUGGGAGCUCGCAUCUCCCGGUGACCAACCCGUCGGGCUUGCGCGAGUCGAUCAUCCGCAGACGGAUGUCCAGCAGCGCGGGCGGCCUGGACUCGCAGAACCUCAACAGACAGAGCAGCAUCUCGUCGGGGCCGCCGCGGUCGCCGAACAAGUAG